AUGAACGCAAACGCGACUAUCGGUACCAACGAUACCAACGACACCAACAAUAUGAAUACUACUGGGUUAAAUCCCGUGGGAAAUGACGUUCUGCAAGUGAUCGGCGGCGGCGGUCUUUCUGCGCUCGAGGUUGUCGCUGCGUCUGGCAACAUCUUUCCACCUCUGAAGGCGGCUGUCAUUGAGGUAUUAGCCAUCAUUGGGAUUGUCAAGAAAUUCAAGACCAAUAAGAAAGCUUGGUUUGCUUUUUCUGAGAGUCUCAUCGAGAAGGUCAAGAAGAUUGUUGAGGUCACCUGUCAAUACGAUGAGAGUCAGAUCCUGUUGACUUUUCAACACAGUUUUGAGAAUUUGAAAGGGUGUGUGGUUUUAUUUUGUAAACUGCCUGGAUUGAAGUUGUGCACAAGCAUUUUGGACCAUUUGAAAGAAGAUGUGAUGAAGAUCCAAAACCAGAAGGGAUUUCCCAAUUUCAAAAAAGAUCAAGAGCACAUUGCCAGUUUGCAGGGUAAAUUAAAUGCACUUCCCAACUUUCAGGCCUGUCUCAGAGUUGAUGGAAGUUCACAAGAAGCAGAUGUCAUGAGGGAUGUUUGGGAAGGUCCCAUAAUGACUGAGCCCAAUGAAGAUGAUAUGUCUAUUGAGAGAAGAAAUGUUGGUGAAAGGCCCACAACUACAGUAAAUGUGGCUCAGGCCAAUAUGUUUACUCAGGCACAUGAUUUUCAAAUUAAUGAUGGUGUCUUCAAUAAUACUAUCAAUAUGAGUGACAACAGAGAAGUUCAGGCCAAAAUAGCAGAUAUAAGAGAGCAGUCAAAUGCACAAAAAUGGCUGCAAGAGCUCAAGGCUCCAUCACAUGGCAAAGUAAGAGACAGGUGUAUGCCUGGGACCCGGAAGGAUGUGCUCACUCUUAUUAACACAUGGGUUAAUGAUCUGAAUGAGCCUAAUAUUUUCUGGCUUUCUGGCAGUCCUGGCUCUGGGAAGACAACAAUUGCUUCAACUGUGGUUGCUGAUUUUGACUGUCUCUCUGGGAAAUUCUUUUUCCGUCGUGAUGAGGCUGAGCUUCGGGAUCCAGACAACUUAUGGAGACGUAUUGCUUUGGACUUUUCUUCAGGAUCUAGUGAUUUUGGAAAGUCUAUCACUCAGGCAUUGGAGACUCAGAAAGCUGACAUCAGAGGCCUUGAUAUUUCUAUGCAAUUUGAGCAUCUUAUUGUCAAGCCUUUACAACAAGUUUUUGGGGCUGCUGUGGAGCCUUUUCUUGUUGUUGUUGAUGCUCUUGAUGAAUGUGAUUCAUAUGAGAAACUGCUGCCUUCAUUAGUAUCCUGGUCUCAUCUCUCUAAAUCUUUGAAACUCCUCAUUACAAGCCGCCAUUAUCUUAAGAUUCAGAGUAGACUAAGAUCUGUCAGUGUUUAUCAUAAUCUGAAUACUGGACAUGAGGUCUCUGCUCAGACUUAUGAUGACCUUGAAAAAUACUUUGUUGCAAGGUUUUCUGAGGCAAAUUGGUUGCCUCCAAAGUGGCCUGGUCCAGACAAAAUAUCAUUUCUUGUGAGAAAAGCUGCUGGACUAUUUGUCUGGGCUAAAUCUGCAAUGGAUUUUAUCUUGUUUGAUGGAGGUGAUCCUGAAGAGAGGCUAAAUAUCAUUUCUGCUCAUUCUGGAGAAGGAAUUGAUGUUGUUGACAUACUGUAUCAUCAGAUUAUUUCUGUUGCUUUGCAAGGUCUCAGAAAACCAGAGAAAACAAGUUUAAAGUUGGUUCUGGGUUCAAUAAUCAUUGCAAAGAAUCCACUUCGUAUCAAAGAUCUAACUGAGCUUCUGGAAGUAAAAGAUGUGUUGCUAAAUUCAAUGCUGGGUCAACUCAGCCCAAUUUUAUCCAUCAGUGAUGCAGGUUAUUUGCGUAUUUGCCACCAGUCAGUGGCAGAUUUUCUUCUUGAUUUUGAGCACUCUCAAGACUUGUGGCUUGAUCCUCGAUUCUAUAGUCUCUGCUUUGCUUGGUCUUGUUUGAAACUUCUGAAUGCAAAACUAAGGUUUAACUUCUUUGAUCUAAAAACAUCCUAUAUUUUGAACAAAAACAUACCAGAGCUCAAUGACCACCUUGAGAGCAUCAAAUCUACAGCCUUAGAUCAUGCAAGCUACUUCUGGGCCAGCUAUCUGCAGGAGGAUUGUGAUAAAAUACUACAGCUGAAAGUUCAGGAAGCAUUGGAGACAUUUUUGAUGGUCCAUCUUUUACACUGGCUAGAAAUUAUGAGCUUGAUGGGAACUGUAAACCAUGCUGCUCAACUAUUAUUGUUAACUGCAAAUUGGAGCAAGGUUUCAAAACCUAGCUUAUCAGACUUUGCAAAAGAUGCAAAUAGAUUUGUCAUGGAAUUUUUGGCACCAAUAUCUGAUGCAGCACCACAUAUUUAUUUAUUGGUCAAAGGGAACAUUGGUCAGAGAAAUGUUUCCUCAGACUUGGGCCAUGAUGCUUGGGUUACUUCAGUUGCAUUUUCUCCUGAUGGCAGGCACAUUGUCUCUGGAUCUGGUGACAAGACAGUCAGAGUGUGGGAUGCUCAAACAGGUCAGAGUGUCAUGGAUCCUCUCAAAGGCCAUGAUAAUUGGGUUACUUCUGUUGCAUUUUCUCCUGAUGGCAGGCACAUUGUCUCUGGAUCUCGUGACAAGACAGUCAGAGUGUGGGAUGCUCAAACAGGUCAGAGUGUCAUGGAUCCUCUCAAAGGCCAUGAUGAUUGUGUUACUUCAGUUGCAUUUUCUCCUGAUGGCAGGCACAUUGUCUCUGGAUCUCGUGACAAGACAGUCAGAGUGUGGGAUGCUCAAACAGGUCAGAGUGUCAUGGAUCCUCUCAAAGGCCAUGAUAAUUGGGUUACUUCUGUUGCAUUUUCUCCUGAUGGCAGGCACAUUGUCUCUGGAUCUCGUGACAAGACAGUCAGAGUGUGGGAUGCUCAAACAGGUCAGAGUGUCAUGGAUCCUCUCAAAGGCCAUGAUUCUUGGGUUACUUCAGUUGCAUUUUCUCCUGAUGGCAGGCACAUUGUCUCUGGAUCUAGUGACAAGACAGUCAGAGUGUGGGAUGCUCAAACAGGUCAGAGUGUCAUGGAUCCUCUCAAAGGCCAUGAUGAUUGGGUUACUUCAGUUGCAUUUUCUCCUGAUGGCAGGCACAUUGUCUCUGGAUCUCGUGACAAGACAGUCAGAGUGUGGGAUGCUCAAACAGGUCAGAGUGUCAUGGAUCCUCUCAAAGGCCAUGAUGAUUGGGUUACUUCAGUUGCAUUUUCUCCUGAUGGCAGGCACAUUGUCUCUGGAUCUCGUGACAAGACAGUCAGAGUGUGGGAUGCUCAAACAGGUCAGAGUGUCAUGGAUCCUCUCAAAGGCCAUGAUGGUUAUGUUACUUCAGUUGCAUUUUCUCCUGAUGGCAGGCACAUUGUCUCUGGAUCUUGUGACAAGACAGUCAGAGUGUGGGAUGCUCAAACAGGUCAGAGUGUCAUGGAUCCUCUCAAAGGCCAUGAUAAUUGGGUUACUUCUGUUGCAUUUUCUCCUGAUGGCAGGCACAUUGUCUCUGGAUCUCGUGACAAGACAGUCAGAGUGUGGGAUGCUCAAACAGGUCAGAGUGUCAUGGAUCCUCUCAAAGGCCAUGAUCAUUAUGUUACUUCAGUUGCAUUUUCUCCUGAUGGCAGGCACAUUGUCUCUGGAUCUGAUGACGAGACAGUCAGAGUGUGGGAUGCUCAAACAGGUCAGAGUGUCAUGGAUCCUCUCAAAGGCCAUGAUGGUCGUGUUACUUCAGUUACAUUUUCUCCUGAUGGCAGGCACAUUGUCUCUGGAUCUUGUGACAAGACAGUCAGAGUGUGGGAUGCUUGUGACUCCUAUGAUAUACCACUGUUAAAAUUCUGUCAUCGUGAUCAAAAUUGGAUCAUGCUCCCAGAUAAUGCACAUCUCCUCUGGCUGGCAGACCAAAAUAAAUCUGGUUUGUUCUGGCCAAGAACAACUGCAGUUAUUGGUUCCAUUCCAACCUCACUUCAGUUUAAAAACUUUGUUCAUGGUGUAAACUGGAGCCAGUGUUUUUCUUCAUCACGUGAUCCCAUUUAA